AUUUUAAACACACCGCUGUUCAAGGGACCCUAAUUUUUAUUUUGCUGCCGGAACCCAUUUCCAGUCUUUCCCGGUAUUCUGCUUAAGCGGAAUGCCUUGUGGUAAUUUGGUUGCUUCGUUUGCUUUCCGUCAAUCUCUGUGCAUAAGAGUAGGCGAUUCUGUCUUCUUCAUCCUCUCGACUUCCUUUCUGAAGAAACCAAACGACUCCAUGACAGACAAAGAGAUGUACUUCGCUUUCGGUUCGAACAUGAACCCAGACCGUAUGCGGGAUCGUAAAGCCUUCUUCACCGCUCGAGUUGGAGCUAAAUUGCUCGACUACAAGAUGACUUUCUCUUUUAGGAGACCGGAUGGGGGUGGCUCUUGUAACAUUAGACCAGAGAAAGAUUCAGUGGUUCAUGGAGUUUUGUACACUCUUGACGCGGGAGGGUUAGAUAAACUGGAUGUUUUUGAAAAAGUCUCAGAUGGAUGGUAUCGUCGAGAACGAGUGACAGUUGAGAAUUCUGCGGGCGAAAAAGUGAACGCGACAACUUAUAUUGUAACAGAGCAGUUUUAUCAAGAGGGAUUAGUUCCAUACAGAGAUUACUUAGAACAUUGCUUGGCUGGCAAGGAUGUUUUGCCGGCAGAAUACUACAAUUUCUUAGAAUCAUUUAAGAAAGUCUGCAAGGAAUAACAACAUGGAACACUAGAAAUUGGGACCCUGAUAGCGUUUUCACCUUUUAACUUAUUCUUGUGAAAUGAAAUUUGUGUUUCAUAGACUGCGGGGGAUGUUUUGAUGUUAAGAAUACGAUUUUUAUUGAAAUGAAAUAAGGUAGGAAAGGAAGAAAAUUAUUUUAUCUCUGGUCUCCAUCAUUGCCGUGGAAGACCUUUGUUUAUAUUUUUAUGUCAAUUAUUCAUUUUGCCUAUGAUAGCAGUGAAGCAGGUGGUUGGCAUGGGUUGGGUUCAAAAACGAUGGGUUUGAGAAAACAUCACAUUUUUUGUUAUUAGGGUUGGAUAAAAUAAAGUUUCCUUUUUUCCGUCAUGAA